AUGGUCCGCUCCAGCUUGCUGCUGCUGCCCGCGGGCGCGCUGCUGCUCGCCAGCCCCCCCCCCUUCGCCGCUGCGCAGUCGCCCCUCGAUAUUCUCACCAGCGCUUUGACGGACAUCGGAAGGGCCAUUUCGCUGCCUUUCUACGCAGUUUUGCCGGGCUGGCCCUUCGACAGGGAGACACCCGGAGACAGGGCCGCAGCGCCCCCCACGCGCCCCGCCCCCGGCCAACAGAGCCGCAGGGAAAAGAGAACAGCAGCAGCAGCAGCAGCAGCAGCAGAAGAGACUGCAGCAAAGGAGCCGCAGGAGGCCUCGGAAGAGCAGCAGCAAGCAGCAGCAGAGCAGCAGCAGCAACGGACUGUAGUUGAAGGAGCAGCAGCAGAUGCAGCGCAGCAGCGCUCUGUAGAAGCCCCCGAAAGCGAGAGGGAGAGAGAGCAGCAGCAGCAGCAAAAAGAGAAGGAGCAGCAGCAGCAGCAAAAAGAGAAGGAACAGCAGCAGCAGCAACGAGAGAAAGAACAGCAGCAGCAGCAACGAGAGAAGGAGCAGCAGCAGCAGCAAAAGGAGAAGGAACAGCAGCAGCAGCAAAAGGAGAAGGAACAGCAGCAGCAGCAAAGAGAGAAGGAACAGCAGCAGCAGCAAAGAGAAAAGGAACAGCAGCAGCAGCAGAAAGAGAAGGAACAGCAGCAGCAGCAGAAAGAGAAGGAACAGCAGCAGCAGCAGAAAGAGAGGGAGAGGGAAGAGCAGCAGCAAGAAAGAGAGGGGGAGAGAAAGGAGCAGCAGAAGCAAAGGGAGAGAGAAGAGCAGCAGCAGCAAAAGGAGAGAGAGCAGCAGCAGCAAAAGGAGAGAGAGCAGCAGCAAAAGGAGAGAGAAGAGAAGCAGCAGCAAAAGGAGAGAGAAGAGAAGCAGCAGCGAAGAGAACGUGAGAGAGAAGAGCAGCAGCAGCAAAGAGCAGACAGCCAACGUGAGGCCGAAGCAGCAGCAGCAGAACCUGCUGCUGCAGCAGCAAGCACAAAUGCCUUUUUAGAAGCAACGCGAAGCUCCGCUGCCUCCCCGGAAGCCGACCGUGCUGCUGCUGCUGCUGCUGCUGCAGAGUCCACAGAGCGAAAAGCAGCAAAAGCAGCAGCAGCAGCAGCAGCAGCAGCAGCAGCGGGGGCGGAAAAGACGAUAAAUGUGGCAGAGGAAGCAGAGCAGCAGGCCGAGCCUGCACAGCCACCGGAGCAGCAGCAGCAGCAGCAGCAGCAGCAGCAGCGGGUGGAGAAGUAG